AUGGCUGCAUCUGAUUUUUGUACAAAGUCUAUUGAACAUGAUGGCGGUUCAGAUAAUCAAUAUACUAGUCGGUUUUAUUCGUUACGUGCUCAAUGUUCAUAUAUGAUAGGGAAAAAAGAAGAUGCAUAUAAUGACAACUGUGAAUCAGCUGAAAAUAUUACCACAAAUAAACAAGCUUCAUCCGCAACUUCCACUAAUUCAAUUGAAACAUUUCAAUUAGAUUUUUAUCGUGUGGACGUUCAUUUUUUAUUUUCGGAAAAAGAGAAAAAAGCUAUAUAUGAACGUUUUAAUGAUGCAAAACAAUUUUUAAUAAAUGUUAUUUCAGCUGAUCCUCGUUGUACCCGAGUAUGGGCAAAUAUUAUUGGCGGUGCUUAUGAAAAAAUUACAGUAUAUUCAUCACCUUCACAAAUUUUUCGACUACUUUUUACUUCAUCAACUAUCACAACAUCUAUAUUACAAGAAUUGAUUGCAACAAAAAUUAUUAUCGCUAUUGUUCAUCCGGAUGCAGCAGCAGCAUCAGAGGUUCUUGAUCCAAUUAGAACCAAAGAAUAUGCAACAACAACAAAGUUUGAAGAUAAAGCUUUAAUUGCAAUCAAUCCAAUGGUAUUUAACAAUGAUACAACAAGUAAACAUUUUAUUAUUAUGUAA